AUGAUUUCAACAAUCGGCACAACAACAAUUCAAGCCGCGAACGGCGGGACUCUGUCCACAACAACAGCACCAAACUCGUUAGUCAUGAAUCCUACGUCAAUGUUAGUAGAGAUGAAAAACUUCAUUCCUUCUUCAUAUACUUUCGAAACAAAAAUCCAGAAGAUAAAGCAAGAACUUUUAACAAGUAAUUUAGACUGUAGUGCGAAAGAUGAAGAAAAUGAAGAAUAUCUUUAUGAAAUGCAGGACAUUAUUGACCAUUUACCCAAAUUGCCUGAAAUCCAACAACAAAAACUCACUAUUCCUGAAUUCGACGAAAUUGAAGUCAAAGCAACUGACUCAGUAGAAAUAAAGAAGUUCAUACGAAAGGUAAAUUAUGAAUUCCUUGGUUUUCAUUGCAACCAUAAGGUUAUGGACAAAGAUUGCGACAUGGUAUAUAAAAACAUUUCUGACAUAUAUAAAUCUGAAGAAUUUAAGACCUACGAUAACUUUGUUUCGUUAGUUGCAAAAUGUGUUUGGGAAAUAAGAGAUAAAGAUAGAAGAGGUAAGGUAUGGAAUGAACAGAUAAGACCCGCUAUGUUUGAGUUAAAGAAAACCAUUGACGCCUUAGUUGUUUUAGCAGGUAAGGUUUCAGAAUAUAACGCAAAAAUGAACCCGCAAUGUUCUAAAUGUAAAGCAGCAAUGAGGAAAUAUAACUACUCAGUCAAAGAGAUAGAAAGAAUGAGAAACG